GAGGGAUGAAAGUAUAGCUUGCCAAAUUGUCCUUACUUCUUUGUAUAACAAAGUAGCAGUGUGUGCACUCUGAGAGAUUUGGUUUUGAUUACCUUGUGUUUGUAGAAAUUGUGUUGAGCCUCUGGAUUUCGCCAAAAAAACACUGAGCUUUGUGAAAGAGCUUUAGUGUCUGAACCACCUGCCAACAUCCAAAUCAGAAUCCCUCUCUCUCUCUCUCUCUCUCUCUCUCUCUCUCUCUCUCUCUCUCUCUCUCUCUCUCUCUCUUUUCUCCCUGCAAGCAAUCACAUGGACCUCCUGGCUCUAGAGCAUUCAUCCCUUACUUGGUGCUUUCGAAAAGUUUUUAACUAUCGUCCUGGAGCACUGCUGCAACUCAGGAGCUGAUGGGACUAGCAGCAGUACUGCUGCAGGGGGACUUUUCGAGCCCGCCCCACUGUUUCAUUUGACUUUUGCCCAGCCUUUAACAGCCUCCUGAGUAACGGGAUCCUAGUGAUUAUGUUCCCCACGGUGAAUAGAGGGCAUUGUUUGGCUUUUCUCAGUCUUUCCCUGUUUGGCUUGGUCGGGAUGCAGUUGGAUGUUACCCAUGGGAGCCCGACGGAAAAUGAGGAUUACUAUCUGCAGGAAAUUAUUAACCGGGAGCAUUACUAUUCCUUAUCGGAGGCAGAAGAGCCUUAUUCCGAGUCACCUGUAGCGGCACAUCCUUUGGAAGAGGAACGCUCCAAACCCAGCAAGAAAGAGGUAAAAGCCAAAAAGGAGAAGGGAAAAGAGACAGAUAAGGCAGUCACUAAUGCAAAAACAGUUAAAAGUGGAAACAAAAAAAAUGAAAAGAACAAAAAGGGCAACUGGAAAAGCCCCAAUGGCAGCCAGGAAGGAGAGGUCCACUAUGAAGCUGUCAGAGAGGUGUGCCCUCCUAUGGGCCUGGAAGCCUUAGGGAUUGAUGACUUCCAGCUGCACGCCUCAACAGUCAAACGAUACGGCUUGGGAGCCCAACGGGGGAGGCUUAAUAUUCAGGCUGGUAUCUAUGAGGAUGACUUCUAUGAUGGGGCCUGGUGUGCAGGGAGGAAUGACCCGCUGCAGUGGUUUGAGGUGGAUGCCAGAAGACUAACCAAGUUCACUGGAGUCAUCACACAAGGCAGGAAUUCCCUGUGGUCGAGUGACUGGGUGAAGUCAUACCGGGUGAUGGUGAGCAAUGACAGCCACACGUGGGUAACAAUUACAGAUGGAUUGGAGGACAUGAUUUUUCCUGGCAACACAGAGAAGGAAAUUCCUGUACUGAAUGAGUUCCCGGUUGCAAUGGUUGGCCGCUACAUUCGCAUAAACCCUCAAUCCUGGUAUGAGGCUGGCAGCAUCUGCAUGAGAGUGGAGAUCCUGGGCUGCCCCAUGCCAGACCCUAAUAAUUAUUACCACAGAAGGAAUGAGAUCACAACCACAGACAAGUUGGACUUCAAACACCACAGCUACAAAGAAAUGAGACAGUUGAUGAAGGUCGUAAAUGAAAUGUGCCCGAACGUCACAAGGAUUUACAACAUUGGCAAAAGCCACAACGGACAGAAACUGUACACUAUUGAGAUCUCAGACAACCCUGGAGAGCACGAACUGGGUGAGCCUGAGUUCCGCUAUUCUGCAGGUGCUCACGGCAAUGAGGUCCUGGGUCGGGAGCUGCUGCUGUUGCUGAUGCAGUUCAUGUGUCAGGAGUACCUGGCUGGAAACCUGCGGAUCAAACACCUGGUGGAGGAGACCAGGAUCCACCUCCUGCCUUCCAUGAACCCAGACGGAUAUGACAAGGCCUUUGAAGUAGGCUCAGAACUAGCAGGAUGGUCACUGGGACGCUGGACUCAAGAUGGCAUCGAUAUCAACCACAAUUUCCCAGACCUCAACUCCAUCCUUUGGGAAGCAGAAGCCAAGAAGUUGGUUCCAAGAAAGGUCCCUAAUCAUCAGAUCCCCAUUCCGGAAUGGUAUAUGUACGACAACACCACCGUGGCAGUGGAGACCCGGGCAGUGAUUGCAUGGAUGGAGAAGAUUCCUUUCGUGCUGGGCGGUAAUCUGCAGGGGGGGGAGCUGGUGGUGACGUACCCCUAUGACAUGACCCGCUCCCUGUCAAAGACACAAGAGCAGACUCCCACCCCCGACGACCACGUCUUCAGCUGGCUUGCCUUCUCCUACGCUUCCACACACCGACUCAUGACCGAUGCCAGCCGGCGGGUCUGCCAUACUGAAGACUUCGCCAAGGAGGAUGGCACCAUCAAUGGGGCCUCCUGGCACACAGCAGCUGGAAGUAUGAAUGAUUUCAGCUACUUGCACACCAACUGCUUUGAACUGUCCAUGCAUGUGGGCUGUGAUAAAUUCCCCCAUGAGAGCGAGCUUCCGGAAGAGUGGGAGAACAACCGCGAGUCUCUGCUGGUGUUUAUGGAGCAGGUCCAUAGGGGUAUCAAAGGUAUCAUCAGAGACCCGCAAGGAAGAGGGAUCGCUAACGCCAUUGUAUCAGUGGAAGGAAUCAACCAUGAUAUCCAAACUGCUGCCGAUGGUGACUACUGGCGUCUCCUAAACCCAGGCGAGUACAAGGUGACUGCCAGGGCAGAGGGCUACUCCUCUUCCACCAAGGUCUGCGAGGUGGGUUACGACAUGGGCGCCACGCAGUGUGACUUUGUCAUGAGCAGAACCAACCUAUCACGCAUCAAAGAGAUCAUGGAGAAGUUCGGAAAGCAGCCCAUUAACCUCCCCGUCAGGCACCCCAGGCGGAGAGCACAGCAAAGGCGUCGACAGACAUAGGCAAGCCUUUCCCUGGAGACAGACUUCAAGUGCACCAUUGCGGCAAAAGGCUAAUUUUGUGUAGGAAUCAAAAAAGAAACAAAAUGGGCAGAACUGAACGGUAAUCUAAUCAUAUACAGUACAGGUUAUCGUAAUCAGAUUUGCUAUGGCCCCAAAUCCAUAAGAAUUAUAAUUCUGAAUGUAUAACUAGAAAAUUGACAAGACAAUAACUAGAACAUAUAAGCUAUUCAUAUUUUAUUCCACUGCCAGGGAUGGUUUUUUGUUGUUAUUGGGAGUCUUAAGAAUUUGUCGCCAUUGUCGUUUGUGGAACCCAUUCGUGUGGAAUUUCAUGCUUAUUUUGAUCUUUCUUAAACAGCGCUGCAAUUUGUUGCAUGAUGUUUCUGCUUUGCUUCGUUCUUCAACAGAAAUAACUGCUUCUUCCUAAAUUCAAUUCUAUAACACUGGUGGUUUUGAAAGCUGGGUUUAAAGAUGUGCCCUUUCAAAAGUAGUUUCUUGACAAACUAAUUGCAGCACGUCAAGGUGAAUGUCUUUUUUAAAAACAAAUAAAAUCCUUGUGUUCUUUUAAAUAAUCUUGGCAGCAUUUAAUAUUAGCGAUGUGAGUUUUGGGAGGCUUGGAAACCCUUAACAUUGUGGCUUGAAACUACAACAAGUGAGUGAUGUACUGUACAAACCAUGGUUGAAAAUGAUUUCUAAUACAUGUGUGACUAGUGUGUACCUUGUACUCUAUAUUUUCUAUAAGUUCCAAGAACAAAAACUCAAUGAUUUAAUACUUGGAGAAGUUACAUUAAGUCACAGGUGGUGCAGCACUACCAGAUAAUGUCUACAAUGGGGCUUGAUUGAAAUUGUCAACAGCACUUUUAUAGCUGAGAGAGGGUCUAAAUUGACAGAGCAGAAUUAGUAGCUAAGUAACCAUAAUGCCAAGUAAAACAGUGCAACAUUAUUUUCCGUAAUGGGCACAUACAGUAAAUCCCAUCUGAGAUAAAGCUAUGUGUUAUUUCUUCUUCUUUGAAUGAGAAACUGCAUUGCAACCAGCUGGGUUCUGGAGAUCUGUUCAUUAGAAAGUGAACUGCAAUAUAAUUAAAUAGGAAGGAAAUCAACAGAGGGCAGCUUAAACAUCAAUGAGACUUAAUAUAAAACACACUUACCCAUCUAACUGUCCUAAUUACUAAAGGGUUUUCACGCAGUUCAUUUCAAAUAAUUACAAUGUAAUUGAAUGGCUGUUGUUAGUUUCAAUGAAUGCUUCUUGUAUCAGUUCUGGAGUGUUUGCUAUAUAUUGCAAAAGUAACUGUAUUUACUUUCAAGUCCACAUAUGGCUGUCAAGCUGUUAGUGACACUUUAUGUACAUGCAUGGGUAUACUAUUUAUACAGUUUUUAGAGAGGAAUAUUUUGAUCUAAACUGCUUUUUAUAUUUCUGUUCCAAGCCCUGCCUUUUUUAUUUAGUAAUUUUAUUCUUCACUGUGUUCUUGCACUUUAAUAAAAGCAAUAGAACACUA